AUGGAUGAAUCGUGCAGCAGCCGGCCAGUGAGAGAGUACUCGUGUUUGAUAUGCCGCCAGCGCAAAGUCAAGUGUGAUCGCCUGGAUCCAUGCUCCAACUGCGUUAAGGCCGAGGCAGAGUGCUCCUUUAUUGCGCCGGUCCGUGGUAAACGCAAAAGCAAAAAGCCGACUCAUGAAGGACUUCAUGCAAAGCUUCGGCGUUACGAGCGUAUGCUCGAGAAACAUGGUGAAAGGCUUCAAGUUCCGAGCGACGCCGCGAGCUCAGAUGCAGAUACCCCUUCCGAACCGUGUGUAGAAACACCACAGGACUUGCCACGAGGCCCAACAUCGCUCACGGUAAAUGUAUCGGCUUUACCAAACAACUCGCUAUGGUCGUCUAUUGGUGCCCAAUAUACUCAUCCUGAUCAAUACGACUUGGAUAGCCCCGUCGAAGAGAUGGAAACUUCGCAAGAGACGGAAGAAACGCUGCUUGAAUGGCUCGAGGGCGGGCCACGACGUGGACCGCGGAGCACGUCUCUGCGCCAGUUUUACCCGGAUUCGGCAACAUUUUCUCAGUUGCGAACAAUAUACACAACACAAGUUGAUCCAAUGAUGAAGAUGCUUCACCUACCUUCGUUAUUUGCAACCCUGACACCGGCUGUAGAGUCUCCAGGUAGUGCUGGGCGAAGCAUCGAGGCUGCCAUAUUCUGCUUUUGUCUCGCGACGAUGAGCACCAUGUCAGAAAACCAAUUUUCACAGGUCUACGGGCAAACAAAGGAUUCUCGGAUUUACAAGCAAAGAAGACUGGCUCGACAGUCCCUGACGAACGCUCGGUUUAUGGAGAAUCCUGACCUUCUUACUUUCCAAGCCUUGUGUCUGUACUUGCUUGGCAUCAAAGGCGCUCAAUCUUACAGCACCUACCAUAUUCUGUGUGGUACUGUGCUGAGACUAAUGAUGAAAGCUGGAUUGAACAAAGACGGUACAUCGGUUGGCUUGCCGCCAUUCGAAACCGAACUCCGUCGUAGGCUAUGGUGGCACAUAGUACAGCUCGACUUCCGAACGUCUGAUCUGUUAGGAAUAAAACCUUCCGCAGACCUUUUUGGUGGCGAUGUAAAGUCGCCGCUCAACAUCGAGGAUGAGGAUAUUUGGCCAGGCAUGACAGAAUCGCCAGUCGAACGCAAUGGCAUAACGUCACUAGUCCUAUUCCUUGUGCGUUGCGAUAUCAUGGACUUUUUAAAGAGUGUUGCAGGGUCCAAGGUUAGCGAAACUGGUUGGGAAGCCCUUAGCAACGCAGAUGUGCCCAUCGCUGGCAAAGAUCAGAAAAUUGCCAAGCUGGAAGAUCUCCUCGAAUCAAAGUACCUGCGCUAUUGCGACCCUUGCGAAACGCUACAUGUGUUUGCGUCUGUGGUGAUCCGAUCCGUCAUUUGCAGGAUGAAAGUUUUGGCUCACAACCCAAAGUAUUUCGCACAAAACAACACCCAACUUGCGGAGGCGGAUCGAGAUAUUGUCUUUACAAACGCAAGCAAAUUGCUCGAGUACGCCGCUCUUAUACGAAAUAACCCCGAUUUCCACAAGUUUAUGUGGCGUACCAGUGCUACAUAUAUGUGGGAUACGAUUCUAUACGCUCUCAUCGCCGCGCGACAUCGAAAGGCUGGUCCUGAAAUCGAACGCCUCUGGCAUUGUAUUGGUGUUCUGAUUUCUCACUACCCGGACGCAUUCAGCAAGUCUGCUGCCGCAGUACAUGCAGCUUUGUCUAAAUGGAUACCUGAGGUGUGGGAUGAGUAUUCUCAGGCUGCUCAAGCGCAAGGCUUGCCACGACCAUCUCCGCCCGACUAUAUCGCGGAGAUGCGAGAAAUACGCGCGGCAACCAUGAUUACUACACGAGAAUCAGCUUCGCAAGAUCAUCCACGAGAAAACAAUGUCGAGAUGUCUACCGCGUUGGUGAAACCAAUACCCGAAAUCACGUACGAGUUUUCGGAUUUGGACACAUUUGCUGCCGAUGUAAAUGAGUGGCUCCAAUGGGAACAGCUUCUGGCGCGAGAAGAUCCCUUCGGCAAUAGCUUUAGUCAAAUAUAGUUUUGUACUUGGUUAUAAUAAAUAAGACUAGA